UCAACAAAAAAUGUCCAUUUUUUUGGGUGAUUGGGAAGCAUUUUUCCCUUGGAAAACGUUGCACGAGAGAAUUUAUAUUCAUUUGUUUGCAUUUUUAUUUUUCCAUUCAUUUGGGGAUUUUGUACAGUGACCUGAUCAUUUUCCUUGAACCCUAAACCUUUGUUUGCAUUUUAAUUUUUCCAUUCAUUUGGGGAUUUUGUACAGUGACCUGAUCAUUUUCCUUGAACCCUAAACCCUCGACCAGGGGGACUAAGAAGUGAGAGGCUUCACACCACACGCAUUCCUUGGCUACCCAGACCCCUGCCUUCUUCAUUCCAUCUGCCACACGCCGCAUCACUCAGCAGAUCUAACUAUGUCGUACCUCUCGCGAAUUCUGCGUCGCACCUUCUCCACCUCUGUCUCUAAAACCCCAGAAACCACUGAUUUCAUCACCAUCAAAUCUCGAUCCCAGAGCCUCUUUAAAGAGCGCAACCUCAAACGUCUGGUCCAGAAGUUUAAAGAAUCUUCCGAGAUUGAUCGCUUCCGCACCAAGACCGGCGUCUACGAGGAAACUGUUCGCCGGCUCGCCUCCGCCAAGCGCUUCAAAUGGAUCAAAGAGAUCCUCGAAGAUCAGAAGAAGUACAGCGACAUUUCCAGGGAGGGUUUCGCAGUUCGGCUCAUUACCCUGUAUGGUAAAUCUGGCAUGUUCGAUGAAGCCUCCAAGACGUUCGACGAAAUGCCUGAACGGAAAUGCGAGCGCACGGUGAAAUCUUUAAAUGCCCUUCUCGGGGCGUGCGUUAAUUCGAAGAUGUUUGAUAAGCUGGAGGAGAUUUUUCGAGAACUGCCUUCGAAAUUGUCGGUCAGCCCGGAUGUGUUCUCCUACAAUAUCAUCAUCAAGGGAUAUUGCGACAUGGGUUCUCUCGACUUGGCGCUUUCGAUGCUCGAUGAGAUGGAGAAGAACGGGGUGACCCCUGAUUUGAUCACUUUCAAUACGCUUUUGAAUGAGUUUUGUGGGAAGGGGCAGCGACUUGCGGAUGCGGAGAAGAUAUGGGCUCGAAUGGAAGCGAAGAAUGUUGUUCCUGAUGUUAGAAGUUACAAUGCCAAGUUGGUAGGAUUGGCUUCGGAGAAGAAAAUGUCAGAAGCAGUGAGGUUGAUCGAAGAAAUGGAGUCCAUGGGUAUUAAAGCUGAUGUCUUUAGUUUCAAUGCUUUGAUUAAAGGAUUCUGUAACGAUGAGAAGAUGGAAGAAGCUAAGAAGUGGUUUGACAAAAUGGAGGCAAGUGAUUGUGCUCCAGACAAGACAACUUAUGCGACACUGGUUCCGGCUGUUUGUGAGAAGGGUGAUUUUAGCCUGGCUCUUGAGCUCUGUGAGAAGAUAUUUAAGCGGCGGCGCCUUGUUGAUGUUGCUGUAUUGCAGCGUGUGGUGGAUGGAUUGGUUAAGGAUUCAAAGAUUGAAGAAGCAAAGAAACUUGUGGAGUUGGGAAAGAAGAACAAUUACCACCGUUACAACUUGAAGAUGCCGUCAGACCAGUAAAUUAGCUCUCCUGCUUUUAUUUGAUAUUGUAUUCUUUAGGUUUUCUGUGGUUAUUGAUCAAGUGUCUUUGUUAUCGACGAUCAAACAGAACUUGAACAACCAAGCUUUUUUUGGAACUUGGGGAGUUCCAUAAUUACUGUUGGUUUUGCUAGAAUUUUGUUGCAAAUAUAAGUGCUUCUCUUGGUUUUA